GGUUUUCUGGAAAUCGUCACAGCGGUCCGGGGCCAUUAAACGCGUUAUAUGUGUCUUGCAAUUUGAUCCCGCGGCGCUCGGCGCGGUGCGGCCCGAUCCGACGAGUAAUUUACGCGAAUUCCUGGGCGUCCGGGUCCUCCCUCGGCCGAGGGCCUCCUGGGUUCCUUCCUACGCGCGCCUGAUGCGACCGUGCGGUCCCCGAGUCCUCGCGCACCCGUUGUGUCAUCGUCAUCACGGCAUCAUCCGCGACAUCGACGAGUCGCGUCACCCAGGUGUGGUGCCGCCCGCAGCAUCGUCUCGCCGAUUCCCUACUCGAGUAAAUGAGUGCAAGUUUUUGAGUGAUGCAGGGCAUAAUGCCAGUUAAGACAAAAGCUCGCGUUCCUGAAAACAUGGGGGUCACAGAUGGACUGGUGGAUGCCCGUGCUAAGCAAGUUCUAAGAGAAGCUGUAGACACGGUUGUUAACAGCUUUGCGAAGCACAGUCAGGGUUAUGGCAGAGUAAACGUUGUGGAAGCAUUGCAAGAAUUUUGGCAAAUGAAACAAGCCAGAGGUGCAGAAUUGAGAAAUGGUGCAUUAGUUAUUUAUGAAUCUGUCCCUGGUGCUAAUCCGCCUUACAUUUGUUACGUAACACUUCCUGGAGGAUCUUGCUUUGGAAGCUUUCAAAAUUGUCCCACAAAGGCGGAAGCGCGCAGAUCGGCUGCGAAAAUUGCACUGAUGAAUUCUGUAUUUAAUGAACAUCCAUCGAGAAAGAUUACUGAUGAUUUUAUCGAGAAAGCUGUCGCAGAAGCGAGGGCCAGCUUUGCGAAACCUUCAGCAACAUCAAACGGAGUCAGUAGCCAAGCACAAGGAAGUGGCGACGAGAAGGAAGAUCCGAACACAGGUAUAGGAGCGUUUCGUUUUAUGUUGGAGUGCAAUCGUGGGAGAACAAUGUUGGAGUUCCAAGAAUUAAUGACAGUCUUUCAAUUGCUUCAUUGGAAUGGCUCUUUAAAAGCUAUGCGAGAGAGGCAGUGCAGCAGGCAGGAAGUAGUCGCGCAUUAUAGUCAUCGGGCAUUAGACGACGACAUGCGUAGCCAAAUGGCAUUAGACUGGGUGGCCAGAGAGCACGAAAGCGGUGGAGGAGUCGUGGCGAUGGAACUCGGUUUAGCCGAGCGUGAACUCGAGACUGCGCGAUUAGCGGGCCGAGAACUUAGAUUUCCGAAAGAAAAGAAGGACAUACUGAUGCUCGCACACGCGCAAGUCUGUCCGCAAUGAGUUCUCUAACGCGAACGUCGUUCAAAUAAAUAACACAUAAGACUGGUCUUUCGCAAGGGAUGAUAAUAGUUUCGAACAAGAAUGUUUCUCGAAUAAUUCUUUUUUUUUUUUUUUUUACAAAGUCCGACUUUACUUAAUCCUUUUUAAGGCUCUAACUUUGUAUGUGGCACAAACUAUUCCGUCCUUUUUAUAAAAUGUAUCUUUUAGUAGAGCUUUUUUUGAUAAAGCAUUCCUGGUGAUAAUAGAUCUUAAAUGGGAUAUCUUGAUAUAAAUAGGAUUAUUAAGUAUACAUCUACAAAUAUUACAUGCAUCAUUGAAAGUUAUAAAGAUAUACUGCGCAUUAAAGUACUAUUGCAUUUACAUAUCAAAUCUAUAUAUGUAUAUAUUUCGGGAUGCAAAGUUUUGUCUUCCAUUAUUUGUUUAUUAUUUUGUACGAAUUUUGUUUUCUUAAUCAGAGUUUGAUCGAAUAAGAUCAAAUAUAGAAAUUAAAAUAUUAAUAAAUAUAUAAAAAAUGUACAUGUGAUAUUCACAUUGGUACAAACUACAAAACAGAAUUUUAAGAUAAAAUUUUAAGAUAAUGAUUAAGAAAAAACAGGGUAUAUAUAUGAAAACAAUAUAUUUACUGAUUUUUAUCGAUCUAUAAGAAUAUUAAAAUAAAUCUGUAAAUUUUUUUAACAACCUGCAUAAUUAUAUAUUGAGCUAUAAAACUUCAACAGGAGCAAACUUUCAACACAUCGUAUUAUAUUUUAGGUGAAUAGGUUUUUCAUAUAUUGCAAGGUAUAGACACUUGCUUUUAGCAACAUACUAUUCUUGUCUUUUUAUGAAGAUAACAUGAAGAAAGAAUAUAGGCGAUUAUAUUAUCCCCAUAUUCAUAUUCUCUGUUGUUAUAAAUUAGUAUAUUUUAUAUAAACCAAAAUUUGAAAAAGGGUAAAUGUACCCCUUCCGCAAGCACAGUUGAAUAGAAUAUAGUUUAUAAUUGUUUUAUAUAAUAUUUUA